AGCGUCUUUGACUCUUUGGUUCCUAACUUUUUUUUUCUUUUUUGCUCACACGUGCCGAGUCCACGUAAUGGAUGCCUUUACUAAAGUUAACACGGCUUUCGGAUUUAUGUAUCCACGCGCAUCAAACGUACCCUUUCCCCAUCCCGUCCCUCCGUUGCAGGUAUUCGUUGAAAAACACUGUAAUUUCUUACUUUUCUCUCUCUCCCACUGCAAAGGACUCUUGUGACCUGACUCUCUUAUUUAAGUUUUUAUCUCUCUGUCUCUCCUCUCUUCUUUCCAAUUCCUCCCCGUCUCUCUCGCUUUGACUAUAAAUAAAAUGCGGGGCGGCGCCUUUUCCCUCACACCUGACACCACAAAGACCGGUUGCCUUCUUUCCAAAGCCACGGCCUCAUCACCGCUCUCCCCUUCCCUUCCUUGAACCCUUUCUCCUCACGACUAGACUUUUAACCUUGGAAGAAGAAAGAAAGAAAGAAGCAAAGAAAUAAAUGCUGGAGACGGUGAAGUACCUGAUGGGCUCGGCCGGCGCGAGCGGGUUCGGAUCCAAAUCGACGGCGGAGGAGGUCACCGAAGCCUCCCCCGACCUCAGCUCCAUGACCGCCAUCAUCACCGGGGCGACGUCGGGGAUCGGGGCCGAGACGGCGCGGGUGCUGGCGAAGCGCGGGGCGAGACUGGUCCUCCCCGCCCGGAACCUCAAGGCGGCGGAGGAGACCAAGGCCCGGAUCGCCGCCGACUUCCCCGGAUCCCAAAUCAUCGUCCUGCCCCUCGACCUCAGCUCCCUCUCCUCCGUCCGUUCUUUCGCCUCCCGUUUCCUCUCCCUCGGUCUUCCCCUCCACCUCCUCAUAAAUAAUGCGGGCAAAUUUUCCCAUGAUCACGCUAUAUCGGAGGACGGGAUCGAGAUGACCUUCGCCACCAACUACUUGGGUCACUUCCUGUUGACGAAGCUGCUGCUAAAUAGGAUGGUGGAGACGGCGAGGGAGACGGGAAUCCAAGGCCGCAUCGUGAACGUUUCCUCGAGCAUCCACGGCUGGUUCUCCGGCGACGGGAUCCGUUAUCUCGAUCUCAUCACCCGCAAGAAAAUACCGUACGAUGCUACGCGAGCCUACGCUCUAUCGAAGCUCGCCAACGUGCUCCACACCAAGGAGCUCGCCGAGCGGCUCAAGGAGAUGGACGCGGACGUGACCGUGAACUGCGUCCAUCCAGGCAUCGUGCGCACCAGGCUCACCCGAGAUCGCGAGGGCUUCGUCACAGAUCUGGCCUUCUUCCUGGCGUCCAAGCUCCUCAAGACGAUUCCUCAGGCGGCAGCGACGACGUGCUACGUGGCGACGCAUCCGAGAAUGGCGGGCGUAUCGGGGAAGUACUUCGCGGACUGCAACGAGGUGUCGCCAUCGUCGCUGGGCACCAACCGGCACGAGGCCGCGCGGCUGCGGCGCGUCUCAGAGGCCAUGGCCGCCGAGAGGCUGCAACGAACCGGGUUCCGACCGGAUCCGCUCCCCCCGAGCCGGACGGACGAGAUGUGACGCAUCUGGAACAAGGUACUGGUGAUGACCGAUGACUAUUUUCCAGGAGGAAGUUUACGGUGAAAAGAAAGAAAGAAAUAAAGAGUUCUUAAAGAAGGAAAGAAAGACUUCAGUACACAUAGUUGUUAAAUGCGAUGAUUGCACUUCGGAAGAGCACACGGAAGGGAAAGGAGUAUCGUGCCGCAUCAGGCCCAGAGAGAGCCUCCUUCCUUUCGGCCUUCUUUUUUGUUUUGUGGCAGGCUUUACAGGGAUUUCGGGACCCGUACUCGCAGUAGAAAUUAGACAGUAGUAGUGUACUACAUUGUCAUCAUUAGGCCUAAAUAUUAACUAUGUAAAGGAGUUUAAGUGACAGAUAUUAUAUUGUCUACCAUAUUUAGGUAUAUAUUAUAUUGGAGGGAAAGAUGGGUGGAAGCUUCCACAUGUAUACAAGAAAGAGAUUUAUCUUCGUGAGGACAGUUUUGAUUCAACAAGAUUGUUGGUACAUGUAAGUGUUUGCUGCUUAUUUCUCAUCAAUUGUUUUGGUGUUAAACAAGGCAAGAAGCUUAAGUUACUUUAUGUAAUGUGAUUAUGAGGUGGAAUUGACAGACAUUAACAGCACAAAAUCAUCCAAGUCA